AUGGUAUAUUUAUUUGAUGUCCCCGCUUAUUUCAUCCUUUUACGAGAAACUCUUGAGGUCACAAUUAUCCUUGCCGUACUGCUUGGGUUUAUUGAUAAACUUGUCCCAGAAAAAGAUGUCGCGAUGAGAAGAUCUCUUAAACGUCAAAUUUGGAUUGGUACAGGUGCUGGUUUGGCUAUUUCACUUCUAAUUGGUAUUAUCUUCAUAGUUGUUUUUUAUACUCAAAAUGAAAUUCUUUUAUGUGUUCCGUUCAUCCGUUUGGCUUGGCUGUACACUGGUUCAUUUGCUCUUAUUGCUUCUGUUGUAAUUACUUUUAUGGCUUUAAGUAUGACUAGAGUUCAACAAUGGAGAAAAAAAUGGGAAAGAAAACUCGAAGAAGCAACUGAAAGUUAUUUGAGAAAGCACCAAACUGGUAAUAAAUGGGCAUUGGUUUUGUUGCCAUUUACGGUUAUAUGUCGUGAAGCUGUCGAAACUUUUGUGUUCAUAGGAGGCAUCGGAUUUGAUAGACCUGUAUCAGAUUUACCAAUUCCAGCAAUUCUUGGGCUUUUGACAGGAUUCAUUUUUGGGUGGAUCCUUUACAAAGGAUCUCACAAAGUAUCAAUAAAUAUAUUUUUUACAGUUACCUCGACAUUUCUUCUUUUCAUAGCAGCUGGUCUAUUUUCACUUUCAAUCCAUGAAUUGCAAGAAGCAACUGGAGCAGAGGAAGUGGAGCUAUGGUAUGCAUCAUGUUGUGAUGAAGAGACUAAUGAAUUCUGGGCAAUUAUGAAAACAAUAUUUGGAUGGCGUGCAGAAGCAACAGUUGGUACAACAGCUGGUUAUUUUAGUUAUUGGGGAUUUGUGCUCGUUGCGAUUUUGAUAAUUUAUUAUGUUGGCAAGAGAAAUGAUCCAAAAGAAUUGGAUGAGGGGCGAGAUCCUGAAAUCGGUGAAAAAUCUGAUCUUUGA